UGCAGAUAGUAGAAAAAGACAACUUCCGGUCUAUAUUUUUGUACAAAUCCUUAUUUGAUAUCAAACACAUGAAUUGACAUGCAUUAUGGAGAAAAGACAUUGUUAUUGAUUCUUCUAAGUCAGAUUACAUGUUGUUCAUUUCAAAAAUCUGUUGAAAGAAAGAAACAGAUUCCAGUUGCUCCUCACACUGACAAUUAUAAAGACACUUUGUUAUGGACCAUUGAAUUAAAACACAAUAAUAGUGAACAUGUAAAACAAAUUCCAGGUCACAGCCAUGACCUUCAAGAUGAUCUCUUUAGAUUUGGUAAUAUUUAUAUACAAAAUGAAGGUCAAACUGAAAGUGACAGAAAUCUGGCAAGAAAAGUAGCACCAGAAUGUAAUCUAACCUUCCUUGGACAUAUUGGAUAUUUAAAAAAUAUAUAUCUGUUUGGACAUGCCUUGUCUGAGCAUACAGAAAAGAACACAACACAUAAAUUUAUAAAUGUUGACUUUAAAACAUUGAAAUCUGUCAUAGAUGAUAUAGAAACAAAACUAGACAAUCAUGAUAAUGUGGUUUGGUUCCACAGAGAAAAAGUAUUCUCCAGGGAAAAGAGAAGGAUACAGUUCAGGGAUCCAGCUUAUAACCAACAAUGGCAUUUGAAUAACUAUGCUAGUGGUAUGGAUAUUAAUGUAACUGGUGUAUGGGAACACAAUAUCACUGGUUUAGGUAUCACUGUUUCAGUUGUAGAUGAUGGUUUAGAAUGGACCAAUAAAGACAUCACAGAAAACUACAGUAAAGAAGGAAGUUAUGACUUAAAUUCUAAUGAUGAAGAUCCAAUGCCUAAUGGGAGAGUUGCUAAUAACCACCAUGGUACUCGAUGUGCUGGAGAGAUAGCAGCUGUGGUGAAUAACUACUGUGCUGUAGGUGUCGCUUAUAAAGCUAAAGUUUCAGGAAUACGUAUAUUAGAUGGACCAAUGACAGACAGUUUAGAGGCAAAAGGUUUUAAUGAAAGGAUCCAAGUCAAUGACAUAUAUAGCUGCAGUUGGGGACCUGAUGAUGAUGGUAAAACAGUAGAUGGACCUCAUUUUUUGGCUGCUAAAGCUAUAAGAUACGGUAUAGAUUUUGGUAGGAAAGGUUAUGGUAGUAUAUAUGUUGUUGCUAGUGGUAAUGGAGGUCGUUACUAUGACAACUGUAACUAUGAUGGAUAUGCAAAUUCUAUAUACACUGUAACAAUUGGUGCAGUUGAUGAGCAUGGUAAUAUGCCAUACUAUGCUGAAGAGUGUGCCUCUAUGUUAGCUGUUACCUUCAGUAGUGGAAUGGGAACCAGAAGUAUUGUAACAACAGACUGGAAUAAGCACGGAUCUACAGGAUGUACAUACUCACACACAGGUACCAGUGCAGCAGCUCCUAUCGCUGCUGGCAUGGUAGCAUUGAUGUUACAAGCUAGACCUUGUCUCACAUGGAGAGAUGUGCAGUAUAUUAUUAUUAUGACAGCACAAAAGGUGGACAUAGAUUUAGCUCAUUGGCAGAAGAACAACGCCGGUUUAUAUCACAGUCAUAAACAUGGAUUUGGUCUGAUGAAGGCUUGGAGACUAGUUAAUGCUGCAAGGGUAUGGGAACCUGUUCCAUGGUUGACCUCCUAUAUGCAUUCCAGUGGUGAUAUUAAUGUACAGAUACCAAAAGGUGUAAACAAACCUCUUAUAAUCAAGUACAAAGUUUCCAAGGCAGAUAUUGAAGGAUUUGACCUUUUUACCCUUGAGAAUGCCCAGUUAGCAGUAACAAUAACACAUGGUACCAGAGGAGACUUAGAAACUGUCCUUCUUUGUCCAAGUGGAACCAGAUCUAUCAUGGGGGCUUACAGAAUGUAUGAUAGAUCUGAUAAAGGGUUGAGUGACUGGACAUUUAACACUGUAAGAUGCUGGGGGGAGAGUCCAGUCGGAGAAUGGGUUAUAAAGAUUACUGAUAAAGGAAGAGAUAUGUCCUCUAUAGGAUAUCUGAAGAGAUGGAAAUUACGAUUGUUUGGUACAUCUAUGUCGACAGAUAUGUUUCAACAAAGAAGAAGUAUAAUAGAAGAGGCAAUGAGUGGACAGUAUUUGAACCAGAGUUACAUUCCAGAGUGCCAGGCACCUCCCAACACAGCAAAACCGGAUGGUACUGCCAUGAGUGAGAAGACAUUAAAGAUUUUGACACUUGCCAGUGCAUUCUGUGUAGUUUUGGCAAUUUACCAAUCUUUUGAGUAUAUGUUCUGUUACAACGAAGAAAAGAAGCUAGUUGCCAGAAUGAGACAAGUACAUACUAGAGCUCAGCAGCUUUCACAAGGCAAUGACCCCUCAGAAACCACAGGGUUGUUGUCGUCUUCUCAGGAUACAACAGGAAGUAGUAAUGAAUUGUGGGAAGAAUAUCCAAUGCAGGAUUUGAGUUCUUCAACAAGUGAAGAGCAAGCUGAUAGAGAUCAGUUUUAUAACCUUCGAGUGGCACUACCACAACAAGGAGUUUAUAUAGAAAGACAUUCCAGUUUACAGAAUGGUGAUAAUGAGAUUCCAAGUGACCUGCAUGUGGCAGCAACUGACAUUGCAAGUCAUAGUUCUGGGCAUGCUCAGUCAGACAAUAGUGAUAAAGAUCAUGUAGAAACAGAUUUGAGCAGUAUCCAUAGAUGUGCCAACCAAUCAGAAAAUCCACAUACAACACAUUGUGCCAUAAAUAAUAUACCUACAAUCAGUGAUGCAAGCGACGAUGAGAAUGUUAUUUAUAGUCAAGUUCUUUUAAAUUCUAGUCAUUCAGAUGAGGAGAAUGCUCAUUUAAUAAGUUCUAAGUCUACUUAACGGUUGCCUUUUGUUUAUGUAUUUCCAAAUAUUUUUUUUAUUAUUUUUUUUCUUCAAAUUUCAUGUUUAAAUUUCAAUUUAAGGAUUUCCUCUUCAAAAUUUUAAACAGAAAAAGAAGUAAAUUUUGUAUGACAAUUGAAAAGCAGUGUUUUUUAUUCCAUUAUUAAAGUAUCAUUUGUCAUA